AUGGAGCAACCACCAGGGUUUGUUGCUCAGAGGGAGUAUGGGAAAGUCUGGCAUUUGAAGAAAUCUUUGUAUGAUUUGAAGCAAAGAACCCGUGCAUGGUUUGAAAAUUUUAGUGAAGUUGUUCAAAAUUUUGGAUUGAAAGAAAGCAAGUGUGACCAUUCAGUCUUCUAUAGAAAUUCAAAUACUGGGAAUAAUAGUACAGGGAAUAAUAGUACAGGGAUCUCUUCUCUCAAAAACUACUUGUAUGCGAAAACUAGGAAGAUGGGAGCUAAACCAUGUAGCACACCAAUGAUUUCUAAUAUACGUCUUACAAAAGAUGACGGAGACCCUUAUGAUGAUCCAGAUAGGUAUAGGAGGGCAAGAUCCAAAAGUGAUAGAAGGUCAACUACAGACUACUAUGUAUUUGUUGGAGAAAACCUAGUGUCUUGGAAAAGUAAAAAGAAAAAUGUGGUAUCCAGAUCCAGUGCCGAGUCAGAAUAUAAGGUCAUGGCUUUUGACUUGUGA